AUGGUGUAAAUGUAAAAAAGCAAAUUUCAGGCAUUAGAUAUGUAAAUACAUAAGAAUUUGGUUGUCUGUCUGUAAAUGCUUGUACUAUUUAUUGAUCCGGCAAGCCUUCUUCAACCAUCAAUCUUUCAUUCUUCUGAACUCUAAACCAUCAAACUUCUGAAUUCUAAAAAUGUCAAAACUGAGGAUCCUCAACUUCCAAUACCAAGUACUGAAGAGACUCCCUGCACUAAGUCCUGCAAAAUGGCUUUCUGCCAAAGACCGCCAACUCUCCGAUCUCCAUCAACACUUUCAACCCAACAUCGAUGAAAUGCGACGUGUUUUCCGCAAGAUCGACUUGGACGGAGAUGGAAGGAUCUCCAUUGAAGAGCUCAGAUCUCUUCUGAGCUCACUCAGGAGGAAAGAUGCUGCAGCUGAGGCAGAUUCGAUGAUGCGAGUCGCUGACCUGAACAAGAAUGGGUUCAUUGAAUUUGAAGAAUUCAUGGAGGUUCAUCAGAACGGGGUGACGAGGAAUGAAAUUAAAAUGGCUUUCUGGAUGUUCGAUGAGAACAGAGAUGGGAGGAUCAGUGCUGAAGAGGUGAUGUCUAUGUUAAGGAAGUUGGGGUGGCGAUUCGGUCUGGAGGAUUGCAGGCGAAUGGUGAAUAAUGUUGAUAAGAGUGGGCUUGGAUUAGUCGGGAUGGAUGAUUUCAUGGUCAUGAUGACUCGUACAAUGAAGCUUUUGUAAAACUCUUUUAACUAUGAUCUUUGUGUAGUUUUUGGUUGUUCUGAUUUACUACACCAUUUGGCUCGAAAGGAAUAAUAGGUUUUUUAAAAAUUAUCAAUCCUCUGCAAUAUUCAAAAGCUAACUUUAUUUUGAAGACUAUUAUGUCUAUCUUGCCAAGCAUGUAGCAACUACAAAGUUCGUAUAAUGUAUUCCAUAGCAAGCUUUCCAAAGAGUGGCCUAUGAUUUAUGGCUGCUAUGAACAUUAUUACCCUUGUUUAGCAACAUUCAAGAGCAAAUAACUCUGAUAACGACUGUUGAUUGAUUGAGUGAGCUAUAGGCACUGAUACUUGAUAAGCCGAGAACAUUUAGUUUGA